AUGGACGUGAUGUUGGUUAGCAUUUUUACUUUUGAAAAUGGGCAUGGAUUUUUUGAAAAAUGUGAUAUUCAUUCAAAUAGGAUCUCUGGAAUUGAGGUGAAAAAUCAUGCGAAUCCAACUGUUAUAAGAUGUGAUAUUCAUAAUGGACAGACCGGUGGAAUUUAUGUUCAUGAAAAAGGACGUGGACAAUUUAUGGAAAAUCGAAUUUAUUCAAAUGAAUUUGCUGGAAUUUGGAUAACUUCACAAUCUGAACCAACAAUUCGUAAAAAUGAAAUAUUUAAUGGACAACAAGGAGGUGUUUAUAUUUUUGGUGAAGGAAGAGGAUUAAUCGAACAAAACAAUAUUUAUGGAAAUGCUUUGGCUGGAAUUCAAAUACGUACAAGUUCUGACCCAAUAGUUCGCUUAAAUAAAAUACAUGAUGGUCUGCAUGGUGGAAUUUAUGUGCAUGAAAAAGGGAAGGGGUUAAUUGAAGAAAAUGAAAUUUAUGGAAAUACAUUGGCAGGAAUUUGGGUUACAACAGGCUCGUCUCCAAUUUUGAGAAAGAAUAGAAUUCAUUCAGGAAAGCAGGUUGGCGUCUACUUUUACGACAACGGUCACGGCCUUUUGGAAGAAAAUGAUAUUUUUAAUCAUUUAUAUUCUGGAGUACAAAUUAGAACCGGUUCAAACCCAAAAAUUACUCGAAAUAAAAUUUGGGGUGGUCAAAAUGGUGGUGUGCUUGUUUAUAAUAAUGGAAAUGGUGUUCUUGAGGAUAAUGAAAUAUUCGAUAAUGCAAUGGCGGGUGUAUGGAUCAAAACAGAUAGUAAUCCAACACUUAGGAGAAAUAAGAUUUAUGAUGGGAGAGAUGGAGGUGUCUGUAUUUUUAAUAGAGGGAGAGGCCUUUUGGAAGACAAUGAUAUUUAUAGAAAUGCACAAUCUGGUGUGUUAAUCUCAACAGAAUCAAAUCCUGUGUUAAGAAGAAAUAGAAUUUUUGAAGGAAGAGCUGCUGGGAUUGAAAUUACUAAUGGAGCAAGUGCAACAUUAGAAUAUAAUUUGCUUUAUAAUAAUCGUUUUGGAGGUCUUUGUUUGGCAACUGAUGUACGUCCAAUUCUUCGUGAUAAUCGUGUUUAUGAUAAUUAUAAUGCUGUUGAAAGAGCGAUAAAUAAAGGAUUUUGUUUGUUUAGAAUAAGUUCUUGUACAUCUUUUCCAAUGCAUGAUUUUUACAGAUGUAUAACAUGUAACACAACAGAAAGAAAUGCAAUUUGUGUAAGUUGUAUAAAUGUAUGUCAUCGUGGUCAUCAAGUAGAAUUUGUUAGACAUGACAGAUUCUUCUGUGAUUGUGGUGCUGGAACAUUGGAACAACAAACUUGUUGUCUACAGAAUGAGAUGAAGGAUAAUGGUAUUUAA